AUGGCGUCUAGCGACCGACAACACUUGCUCCGGAGGCUCUCUCCUGGUGACCAAUUCGCCACACAGCAAAGAAUGCUCAAUGACGCACGCAUUCCCGGAACAUGCCGGUGGUUUCUUGAAGACGAGAGAAUUCAGAACUGGUUACAUGGCGAUGGUGAUCCAGUUCUUUGGCUCCACGGACCAAGUGGUAGCGGCAAGACAUUCUUGAGCUCGAGCAUCGUCGAUAAUAUCUUGACAAAUAAUAUAGAAGUCCAAAAAGUUGCUGUCGGCGCGUAUUACUUUGGCAGGCGAGAUGUACAGUGUAAUGCAGCUGAUUACAACCUCGCUUUCCGCUCUAUCACAAGACAGAUUGUUGCACAACUUCCGUCUACGUCUACCGCCCUGAAAAGCAGCCCUAAAGAGGCUGAUCCAGACGAAGGGGAUGUUUACUGUUCCUUCAAAUUUAUUAAUAGGGUCAACUACGAGUACGAUAGGAUGGUUAUCGUCUUGGAUGGAGUCGACCCUACCAACGAAGAUGGCAUUCGCGCAUUGAAUCGUGUUCUCUUUUCAGACCACCAGAAUCAUCCGUCAGUGCGGCUACUGAUGACAGCCCGCUCUUUACCUACUGCUGCGUCAAUCCGACCUCUUCCUUCGUCUGUAUUUGAAGUUCGUGCUAACAGAGGAGACCUGGCUCUUUAUUACUGCAGAGCUAUUGAUGAGUCCCCUGUCGACCCUACAUAUCUCGAAGAGUCGCAUACCAAGCUCUUUGACUAUAAGAAGUUAUUUGACAUGUCUGAUGGACUGUUUCUUCCAAUCCUCCCACAUUGGUUCACAAACAUCGGGUCGCAACCGAACCAAGUACUCCUCGACCUUGUGGAAUUAUGGUCCGAAGAAUCCAACAGGAAUGUCCCACAUGCGUUUUGCAAAGCUAUUGUUGAUCAGAUAAAGCUGAACGAAAACGCUGAGAUGAUUCUCUGUGUACUCUACCAUCUUGUCCAGAUUGAUGAAUUGGGAUACAGUUUCUCUCUGCCCAUGGCGUAUGAGGCUCUCGACACCUGGGGCAUUAGACACAAAAACGGAGAGGAAUACUCAAACGCAAAAAUCUUGGAAUCAUGUGCCGGGCUUGUUUUUCUCGACCCGAAGACCCAUACUUUGAGGCUACGAUCACCGCUCCUGAUGCAAUACUUGCGCCUAAAUGUGUUCGGGGACGAGGACCACACUAGGCACGUCGCAGUAUUGAUGCAAUAUCUAUCGCAAGAUUCUUUCUCGCCAGGGGCUUGCAACUCUUCUCAAGACCUUAAAAAGAGAUUCCAGGCGCACCCGUACCUCUGGUAUGCUGCUCGGAAUCUCUCUCCCAGCCUUGCUGGAAACAUCGGCGUUCCGGAGUCUUUUGACGAAGACUUCCUAAAGUUGACUACUACUCAAGGGCAGAUAGAAUCUUAUCUGCAAGGUGCGGAAGCGUGGCCGCACUUGGACGAAGAAACCUACGAUGAGUGUGAGGAAGGUGAGGAGCGAUGGCGCUGCUUCACGCGUGGCUAUACUUCGCUUCAUCUUGCUGCCCAUCUGGGAGUUAGAGAGACCACGAUACAGAUGUUAAUUGACAGUGGGGUAGAUCUUGAAGCCUGUACUACAAAUGGCCAUACAGCAUUACAUAUAGCGGCAGAAAUUGAGGAUGACUCCAACACACUGCGGCGUCUGCUGCAAUGUGGGAGCGACGUUGCUAUCGUGGACCAUGAAAGUCGUACGCCAUUGUCUCAUGCCAUUAUAUAUGGGAAAAUGACUUCGGUUGAACUGCUACUUGAGCAUGGCGCGGAUAUCGGUGCUGUUGACGAGGAAGACCUUCUGGAGUGUCUGAGGGAGAAGCCAGAGAUUGCACAGUUCUUGGUUGGGCUUGGAGUCGAAAUGCCAGAAGAUGAUGAGUAA